CGCUAAUAAAAAGGCUUUUACAAACACUUGUCUGUCACCGUCUGACAAAGAAAGAGGAGAAACAGCUCGAGUUUUAUUACAACCUGGCAACCCAACAGGUGUUGUUAUUAAUGGCUUUAAACGCAUAGGUCUAUCAAAUGAGCGUGAAUCAAAUCGUUAUUAAUAUUAAUAUUAUGUUUGAAUACAACAUGACGGAAUGGACCCUCCGGGUAAGAUGUUCCCCUUUUCGUUUCAUGACACCAGCGUCAGGAGUUCAUGACGUCAGCCCUCGAGGAGGCCCAUCCUCCGGAAUCGUUGGUUUGGUCGUUACUUCCAUGCAGUCGGUGUUCUGCACUCGUCUCACGAUGUCCGGAGUUUACCGAGCGCCAGCCUUGGUUUUUGCCUUGAUUUUCGGCGCUGUUUUUAUGAGCACGAAGGCGCAGGAGCCGACUUCUUCUCCAGCUCCGACUCCUUGUCCCUCGAGAUCCAACACCAGUUGUGCUGAAUGCCUGCAAAAUGUGACAUGUUUGUGGUGCACACCAACCAAACAAUGCAUGGACUACCCAGUGAGGAACAUCCUGCCCCCCCGCAGUGUGUGUCCACUGAAUGAUGCACGAUGGGGGUUGUGUUGGGUAAACUUCCAGAUUUUGAUCAUCACCAUGUCGGUGCUGGGUGGCGUCAUCAUUAUUGGCAUUGUUGUUUGCUGCUGCUGCUGCUGCAAGUGUGAAAGAAUUGGGAACAAGAGAGAAGACGCAAAAGUGGAGCGACAAACCCGUGCGAGGAAGAGCCGUCAAAAAGCAAAGAGAACAGAAAUGCAUCUGAGACAUGAUGAAAUCAGGCAGAAAUAUGGUAUGGCAAAGGAUAACCCAUACGCCCGUAUGAACGAUCAAUGAGAAGAAUUUCAGCAAUGAUUCCUUAAGGAAAUCCCUUAAGAUCAUUUUAUUGAUGCCAGUAACAUUGAAAUACAUCUCUAGCAUCAGACUGUGAUUAUCUGAUUUGAUUUAUGUGUCUGUGAAAAAACACAAAGAUGUUCUGAAAUUGUUUUGCGUGCACUAUAUUUCAAACAUGGUCUAUUCACCUAAUGUUUCAUAUUUUAUACGUGUUGCUUUCUGUUGGUAUACAAGAUUCACAUUUCUUAUGCCUUUAUUAGAUGUCAAUGAUUGUAGGAGAAUGUGUUUACUUAACUUGUUUUUCAGUCCACACAAGAAACUUGGAUCUGCCUAAACAUAUUGUCCAUAAAAUGCACUAUUGAUAGAUUUCUAUAACUCAAGAAUAGAUCAGAGCUUGUGGUGCUUCUUUUAUAACUAGCAGUCUCAUUGUCAUACUAUAUUAGUAAUACACACUAUUUUACUGAUCCCCAUUCACGUCUCAAGUACAACAUUUAUUUUUAUAUAAAAAGUUAAUUUAUCGCAUGUAACUCAUUUGACACUUAUCGCUUUUUUAUCUGUGAAUAAAUAUCAAGAUCAGA